AUGUCAUUGGUGGCGGACUAUGCUAUUCCCGAAGCUACGAAUAGACCAACGGUGCCUGAACCCGGUGACAAGGCCACUUGCAAAGAUCUCCUAACUACAGAUUCUAUACUUGAUCAUCAAUCAACAAAGGCAAUUGACCAUCCACAAAACGGUGGCGCUGGUUCCAAAGAAGUCGACUCCAAAGGCGCAGCUUCUACUCUCAACAAUCUUAAUACAGCCAAUGAGUGCAAAGACGUGGGGCUACCAGUUAUACCAGUAGGGGAAAAUGAUGAGAGCCCGCAACCCAAUGAGAACUCAAAGGAAGAAGCGUUUCUGAAGACUAUGCUCAACUAUUUCUCUCAUGAUGCAAACAUGAAUAUUCAGCUUCUGAGCCAACUACUGUUGCUUAUACCAGAUAACCGCCCGGACAAACCGUCCCAGCUUAAUAACCUUGCAAUAGCCUAUCAGGAUCGGUUCUCACGCUCUGGCGAAAUCAAAGACAUCGAAGCAUCGAUUGGUUGUCUGAACAAUGUUCUCAAACUUCUCCCUCACGGUCACCUGGGAUAUCCAACGAGUGCAAAUAACCUUGAGAAGCCUUCUUGGUUAAAUAAUAUUGGUAACACAUACCAACGGCGGUUUGAACGACUAGACGGCCUAGAGGAUUUGAAAAAGGCAAUCGAUUCCAAAUCUCAAGCCGUAGAACUUACUCCGGACGAUCACCCCCGCAAGCCAACUUUCCUUUGUAACUUGGGGAGCAUCUUGAAAAGUAGAUUUGAACGCUUGGGUAACAUAGCGGACAUCGAUCGAGCGAUUGAAUACCAAACUCAGGCUGUUAACCUCACACCAGACAGCAACGAGGACAAAGCACUCUUCUUGAAUAACUUGGGGAUUUCCUUUCAGCGCCGCUCUGAGCAUCUAGGAAAGGCUGAAGAUCUAGAGAAUGCGAUUGCAUGCCAGGUCAAGGUAAUCUCACUGACCUCUGAGGACCAUGCAGAUAGAUUAGUAUGGCUGAGUAAUCUUGGAAUUUUAUAUCAACUUCGAUAUACGGCCAUAGGCAACGUUGAAGACUUGUCACGCGGAAUCAAUCACCAGAUCGAGGCUCUAUCACUUUGCCCUGAUAAUCAUUAUAGACGACCGUCAAUCGACUUGAACCUCGGAAACUCGUUGUAUCGUCGAUUCACACGGUUUGGUGCGAUCGCUGAUAUUGACAAGGCAAUCGAGCACCUGAAUCUAGCGGUAUCAACACUCCCUCGAGGACACUCCGAUCUGCCGAUCUGGAUAAACAACCUUGGAGGCUUUUAUACUAGUCGAUUUACGUUAUUCGGAGAGAGCUCAGAUCUCAGGAGAGCGAGAGACUGCUCUAUUCAUGCUCUAUCAUUGAUCCCAGACGAUCAUCCGCAGAAACCCCAAGUAUUGAGACAUCUGGCGCACACAUACCAAGCCGAAGAAAAUCCGUUAUUAAUUGACUUAGCAAUUGGAUGCCUUACAAGAGCAAUUUCCCUGAUUCCCGAUAGCCACAUAUCUCGGCCCAGUUACAUCCAGCAUUUGGGAAGUGCACACUACGCGCGCUACAAAACCUCUGAAGAGGUCAAUGACCUCGACGAGGCAAUCCGACACCAAGCUUCUUCUCUUGGGCUUGUGUCGGAUACAUUUGCCGAUAAAGCAUGGUGGUUCAUCAACCUUGGCAGAUCAUAUCAUUGCAGAUUCGAUAUCAGCGGCAACCUUGACGACCUAAAUAACUCAAUAGCGCAAUACAACGCGGUCAUUUUGAGUACUCCAGAUGAUAACUCUUAUCGUUCAGAGUCAUAUUAUUACCUUGCGUGCGCUUAUGAAGCUCGUUCAAUCAAGUGCAAUAACCAAGACGAUCUCACCGCUUCCAUCGAGCUCUAUCAGCAAGCAGCAUACCCGGCUACUCAAGGGUGGGCCUCGUAUAUCACUUUCUUAGCUGCUCGUAAAUGGGCCAAACUAUCAUCGUUACACAAGCUCCCCAUCGCACAGGUCGCAUAUGGGCGGGCUAUGGGGCUGAUACCUCAACUUCUCUGGGUUGGAACCACUAUUACACAGCGUUAUGGGUACCUCAGGACGAUGGGGGACUUGGCUUUAGAAGCGGUGUCUCAUGCUAUAUCACUGAGAUCAUUCGAUUUGGCACUUGAGUGGCUUGAGCAAGGGCGGUCGAUUGUCUGGAAUCAAAUACUUCAACUUCGAACCCCUUUUAAUACAUUGAAAUCUCUUGAUGCGGAGCUUGCCAAUGAGCUUCAGAUUAUUGGUAAUUACCUUGAAAGUGCAGGUUCUAGAAGUACCAUUCUCGUAUCUUCCGUAGGAGAAAUGCUUGAUUAUAAGCAAGACGCACAUCGCCAUCGUGAACUCGCGUCCAAAUGGGAUCAACUCAUAACCCGAACUCGUAGCAUUCCCGGGUUUGAAGACUUUCUGCGUCCCAAGUCCAAAGCAAUGCUAAUGGAUGCGGCCAAAAGUGGGCCGGUCGUCAUCAUCAACGUUGGCGAAACCCAAGGGGACGCACUUUUUCUUAGUCCGAACAGUAGUGAAAUCAGGCAUUUACCGCUAGCAGGGAUAUCUCGGUCAAAGGCGGUGUCCCUCCGCUCACAAUUCUAUCCGUUACUUCAAGAUUAUGCUCUACUAUCCCGAGGAGCCCGAGGAAUCAAACGCGCGGCGGAGGUUGUCGGACCUAUAUUGAACUUUCUUGGAGUCAAAGAAAUAAUUCCGGAUAGGGAACUACCACACAUAACAUGGUGCACGACUGGUGAACUUGCCGGCUUUCCGCUUCAUGCCGCCGGCUUAUACGACGGCACCCAUCCUGACGCCUUCGACUUAGUAGUCUCAUCGUACACUCCAACAAUCAGCGCACUUUUGACAUCAUCCACCGAUUCAUCAAGGGUCACAUCAGGAAUCCUAGGUGUCGGCCAAGAGAAUACUCCUGGAUUCUCUCGCAUAUCUAAUACAAUUGUUGAGCUGGCUAACAUCAGGGAGAAGUCUCAGGGUGUUUCGAUACCAUAUCUAGAGCUCAAAGACGAUAAAGCGACUAUCGAUGCUGUUCUUUCUGGGAUGGAACAAUGUGAUUGGGUGCACUUUGCUUGUCAUGCCAGCCAGAAAGUGGAUGACCCAACGAAUAGCGCAUUCCAUCUAUAUGAUGGUAGCUUGAAGCUUUUCGAAAUUACCCAGAGGGCAUUCAAAAACAAAGGGCUGGCAUUUUUAUCAGCAUGUCAGACGGCGACUGGUGCAGCUGAUCUACCAGAUGAAGCAGUUCACUUGGCCGCAGGGCUACUCAUCGCAGGUUACUCAGGUGUCAUCGCAACCCUGUGGUCGGUUUACGACGAAGAUGCCCCAGAAGUAUCUCGGGAUGUGUACACCAGUCUACUCACUAGGGGUGUAUUGGACCAUUUACAGGCAAGCAGAGCACUACACGGCGCGGUGCUAAAGCUACGCGCGAAGGUUGGGUGCAAGAAUUUUGAGAGAUGGGCGUCCUUUGUACAUUUCGGUGUAUGA